UUAACAUGAAGAUCUUCAAUCAUAUUCUUGGGAUAGUCGUGCUGACAUUUCUAGUAUGGGAGACAGUUGCAGAGUUGCAGGAGGUAACUGUUGACUUAAUGGAAGGCAUAGAACCAUACAGAGAAGAGACGGUGAAGAGGUAUCUCAGAGGGAAAGAAACUUGGGCUAUUGAAGUGGAUGAAGUUAAAACGCAAUCGGAUUUUGAAUCAAGGCAUGAAAAAUACAAGAACAAAGUACUUGCAAUUUACGCUGGCAACCAAUUUACAGAUCAGGAAAAUGUUGACUCACAUUGUGUGAUAGCUGCAAGGGAACUCGCAAGAUAUGAUAUUAAAAACGGUGUCUUCUUAUAUCUACCCUCAAAAGUAAUAUCUGCAGAUUACGAACACAGAAAUAAGAUACAUUCUAACUAUCUUUGGUUUGAAUUGAAAGAUAAGUACCAAAAAGUCACCAUUACUAAAAAAGAUGAAUAUGAAAAAAUGAUAUCUGAAACCUAUAAAGGCCCGACAGUUGUUUACACUUUUAUCCAUGACUUCGACCCGGACUGUUUGCAGAAAAACUCUAAAGGUGUCGAUGAGAACUGUUUAGAAAUGGAAUCAAGAACGCAAAUGAAUCGGUUGAAAAUGAAAUUUGAUCCUAAAUACACUUGGGUCGUCUUGCUCGUAGUUCACGUGGAUAUCCUUGGUGAGGAAUAUGCAAAAGAACUCUGUAGGGGGCGACGAGAGCCACAUGCAUAUCCUAUGGUGUACCGUCACAACGAAUCUGGAAAGGUGAUAGAAGUUAUUGGAGGAUAUGCGGAUUGGAAAGAUGGAGGAGCGUUCAUAUGGUCAUGCAGCCAAAUUAGUUCUGAAGAAGAAAGUAGCACAAACACUUAGCAAGAAAGCCCGCUGAAACAUACAAUCAAUCAAGUACAU